UACGUACGACCCCAAGGCUGCCAAAGUUUCAUGACACGCCCCCAUUGUCUGUGAAUAUAGAAAAGAUUGCGACUUUAUUAUUUAAACUCUCUUUACACUUUCUUUUUUUCCUCCUCUAGAGCCUUUUGCGGGUCUCCUCUCAAGGUAAAGGAUAUCACGCCCAAAAUUAAUAUAAGCCUGCCUUCAUAUUUCCAAGACUAUCGGCAACGCCCCACUGGGCUUGACGAUCCUUCGUCAAACCCCUUUGGGUCGAUCAUUUUUUUUUUAAAAAAAGAAAAAUUCCGCGUAUUUGACUUUUAAUUUGCGUGUAAUUGAAAUAUUCCUCUUCCAUUUUUUUUUUUCGUGUUUGGAUUGUAUUUUCUUGGGAUUUUUUCCUUUUUCUUUGUUGAGCAUUGUUUUUGGAGGGGGAGAUUCUUGUUUGGAUGGAAAGAAAACAUGAUUGUGAACUGAGAAUAUCUUUGUGAUCGUUGCUUUUUGAGCGAAUUGGGAUCCACAUCUGAUUUGGGUCUCUUCUGCUUCUGUAAUUCUUGGAGGUUCUUGAUUUUUCUUCAGAUAGAAGCUCCCUUGGUUAUGAGGAUAUAAUAAUAUAUCUCAUUAUGGGUUGGCUUAACAAAAUUUUUAAAGGGUCAAGCCAUAAAAUUUCAGAAGGGAAUUAUCAUGGGAGAUAUCAAGGGGAUACCGUUCAAAAUGAACCUUCUUGUUCAGGGGAUGUGUGGGCAGAGACUGAGAAUGAAGAUAUAGACCGUGCUAUUGCAUUAUCCCUUUCAGAAGAAGAACAAAAAGGAAAAAAAGUGAUUGAUAAUGAAUUUCAAUUGGAGGAAGAUGAACAACUUGCUAGAGCUAUACAAGAGAGCUUGAAUAUUGAGUCUCCUCCACAACAUGGAAAUGGAAAUGGAAAUGGAAAUAUUUAUCAACCCAUUCCAUUCCCCUACUCAACAGGGUUCAGGAUCUGUGCUGGUUGCAAUACUGAGAUUGGUCAUGGACGUUUUCUAAGUUGCAUGGGUGCAGUUUGGCAUCCAGAAUGUUUCAGAUGCCACGGUUGCGGCUACCCAAUUUCUGAUUAUGAGUAUUCUAUGAAUGGGAAUUACCCUUAUCACAAAUCUUGCUACAAGGAGCACUAUCACCCAAAAUGUGAUGUUUGCAAGCACUUUAUUCCAACGAACCCUGCUGGUCUUAUUGAAUAUAGGGCGCAUCCUUUUUGGGUUCAGAAGUACUGCCCUUCUCAUGAGCAUGACAGAACACCUAGAUGCUGUAGCUGUGAGAGAAUGGAGCCACGGGACACAAGAUAUGUUGCCCUUAAUGAUGGUCGGAAGCUCUGCCUGGAGUGUCUGGACUCUGCAAUCAUGGAUACCAAUGAAUGUCAACCCCUCUAUCUUGAUAUACAAGAGUUUUAUGAAGGUUUAAAUAUGAAAGUGCAGCAGCAAGUUCCAUUACUCUUGGUCGAAAGACAAGCACUGAAUGAAGCCAUGGAAGGAGAAAAGAGUGGCCACCAUCACAUGCCUGAGACUAGGGGACUUUGUCUUUCUGAAGAACAAACUGUCAGCACUAUUUUGAGGCGUCCUAAGAUUGGGACUGGAAACCGAGUCAUGAAUAUGAUAACAGAGCCUUGUAAACUAACACGUCGUUGCGAUGUGACCGCAGUUCUCAUUUUGUAUGGCCUUCCUAGGUUGCUAACUGGGUCGAUCCUUGCUCACGAGAUGAUGCAUGCCUGGCUCCGACUAAAUGGUUAUCGAACUCUUGCACAAGAUGUGGAAGAAGGUAUCUGUCAGGUGCUAGCUUAUAUGUGGCUAGAUGCUGAGCUGACAUCUGGAUCUGGAAGUAAUGUUCCAUCAACAUCAUCUGCUUCCACGUCUUCAAAGAAGGGUGCAGGAUCUCAAUGUGAGAGGAAGCUUGGGCAGUUCUUCAAACACCAGAUUGAAUCAGACACAUCCCUUGUCUAUGGAGCUGGAUUCAGAGCUGGCCAUCAGGCAGUGCUUAAAUAUGGCCUUCCAGCCACUCUAAAGCAUAUUCAUCUGACAGGCAAUUUUCCAUAUUGAAUUUUUGGGCCCUGAAUUCGAUGGUGCUUCUACAUUUAUCGGAGUUCAAAGCUUGGUGUUUAUUAAGUUAGAUCCAAAGCACAGAGUUACAUUUUAUAGAGCAGUUUCCCAUAAUGAUGAUUUUUAUACCUUGUAGCUAUUGUCCCAUCAACAAUGUUUCUUUUUCAAAUAUUUAAUAAAUUGAUAUUUUAUUUUUAUUUA